ACCCACUUACGCAUGAACUUCACGCGCCGAUAAAAACUGUUGCUAUGCUCAAGGAAACGCUGUUUUGGGAGUUAGUUCUUUCAGACAUCCAGUCCCCAGGGGGUUAUUUUACGGUUCCCUAUACGGUUUGUUGGUUCCAGAUAGCAAUAGAGGGGCUGGCUAGUUAGCCGCCUUAUCACCGAUUUUGCUUCUUGCCUACCCAGCCCACGAACGAAGAUCUUUUACACCACGAUACUGACUUGCAGAUUGGGGAAGAUGGUGAGGUUAUUUAAGAUUUACAGCUUUUGUUUUCGUCUUUAUUUUUGGUGCGGGUUCAGAUAUCUCUCGCCGGGUUUUACGAGUGUUUUACCGUAUAGAGCUUUACAGAACAAAAUAGCGCUCGGACUUUGAAGCACGUACCCCUGCGGCUAGAUACUGGGACGUACUUUUAAGUCCCCAUCGCCACGGAGCUCAUCAGUUGGCCGUGGACUGUGCCGCCAGUCGCAACAUAUCCUCAUCCCAUUUGGGGCAUAUAUAUAUCCAUAUCCAGACGCGAAGAUCAAGGACAUCAUGGAUAAUUCCGGUUAUGUGAUAGAUUGUGAGAGCGAGUUCGCCAUUUCUGGGGACCGGGAGGAGAACCUUUCGGUGAAGCCGCGGCCACACACCUUCGAGGAGGCCAUCACGCUGACUGGAGUGGGCCGUUUCCACUACAAAUUGCUGCUGAUCUGCGGACUGUGCUUCAUGGGCGUGAUGGUGGAGAUCAUGGGCGUGAGCCUGAUCAUGAACCAGAUGAAGUGCGACCUCCAGCCGACGCUGGACCAGCAGGGCAUCCUGGCUUCCGCCGGCUUCCUGGGCGUCGUCCUCAGCUCCCAUGCCAUGGGCUUCCUGGCGGACACCUGGGGCCGGGCCACCACCUUGAAGUACGCCCUGUGCCUCAGCUCCGUGUGCUCGAUCGUUUCCGGUUUCUCGGUGAACAUCUGGAUGCUGAUCGUGUUCCGCUUCCUGACGGGCUUCUUCAUUUCCGGCGGACAGGCGUGCGUCUUCAGCUUGUGCGGCGAGUUCCAUGGCAAUGGCUCGAGGGUCAGGCAUGUGACCCUGCUCUCCGGAUUCCUCUGCAUGGCCAUGAUCUUUGCUCCAGCCAUGGCUAUUGGAAUACUGCCGUUGCGUAUCGAGACCAUUGUCCUUGGCAUGCGCUUCUCGUCCUGGCGUGUCCUGCUCCUGGCCAACGUCUCGGUUUCCCUGCUGGCCCUGGUGGGGAUCAGCACUCUUCCCGAAACACCCAAAUAUCUGCUGGUCCAGGGACGAGGCGAUCAGUCGCUGGAAAUCCUGCGCUCCAUCUUCGCCACGAACUCCGGCAAAGAUCCCGCUGAAUAUCCGGUCAAGGAAGUGGCCCUGGAAAGCGGUGGCGCCAGCUUGUCCGAUGUCCAUGGCUUCCUCGAUGCAGUGCGUCUCGUUUGGCACCAGACAGUGCCGCUCUUCCAUCGCCAGCGACUGUGGCACACCCUUAACAUCUGCUGCAUUCAGUUCCUUAUGUAUUUCCUGGCCCAGGGCAUCUUCAUGUGGUUCCCCACCAUCCUGGAUGAGCUGGGCACACGCAAUGGCAACGAUACCCUGCUCUGCGAUGUCCUGCAGGACUUUAAAGUGGACUCGGGGUCGCGGGAUGAUUCGGCGAGCUGCUCCGUGGAUGUGGACACCUCCACGUACCAGGUGAUGAUCAUCAUUGGAGCCUGCUUUGUGAUGAUCUACCUGCUCUUUGCCUACAUCAUCGACUACAUAGGCAAGAAGAAUCUGCUGAUGGCCUGGAUGGUGCUGACCAUUAUUUUCUUGGUGGCCCUGCACUAUGUGGAGCAGUUCGCCCUGGUGGUGAUCGCCCUGACCAUUGUGAUGGCCAUCGGCAAUUGCGGUGGCCUAGUGAGCACCAUUGCCAUGGAGUUCUAUCCGACGCACAUCAACGCCAUGGGCAUGUGCUUCAUCAUGAUGGUGGGUCGACUGGGUGCCGUGAUGGGCAGCAAUCUCCUUGGGCGCCUGCUCUUCGCCAGCUGCGAUAACGUCUUCUGGGCCCUGCUGGCCCUCGUAGUGCUCCUCUGCUCCCUGGGCUACCUCCUGCCGGAGAAGUCCCCCACCAGACAGAAGAAGCCCACCGCCACAGCGAAGGCAAUCGUGGCCGCCACCACGAGUCCCAUAUUCGCUAUUAACUCCAAGUAGGACUAGGUUUAGCUAAGCAAAGAGGCUUCUUCAAAAGGUGUCCAGGAAAAUACACCUAAACACAUUUUAUGGCAACUUUAAAAUGUUAUCUUCUACUCUUAAACAUCCUUUUCUUUUUUUUAACCUAUCUAUUAACAGCAUACAACUGAUGUAUACCUGUAGAUAUUAUAAGUACUUUGUUAUAGGUAUUAUUUUUUUUUAUUUUAUUAAAUAUGUAUUUAUUCCCAACUGACCUUAGGAAGUAUUAAGUAUGUUGGCUUCUAUUGGUUUGUCUGGUAUUAAGGAAUUAAUAAAUAUCAUUUAACAUAA